CGCCGCGCGCGUCGCUCCCCUCCCCCUUCCCGGACUCGGGGGGCUGCGAGCGAGCUGCCAUGUGAUGCGCAUCCCCUCCGCCUGCUCUCGGUGACCCCAGGACCGCCCACCACGCCGGCGGCCGGGAGGGGGCUGCGGGCUGGGAAGACCGCGGGCAAGACCGGCGCAGGAGGACGAAAGUUCCCGGGAAGCUGUCUGCUUCAGGAAGUGAGGGUUUUGGAACAAGAAGGACCUUCAGGAGCUGCUUCACACUGUGACAUGUCUGAUCCCUUGUACCCAUCACUGCAGCAUGAACAAGGUGGACACUCACUGAUCUAUCACAAGGUUGCCUCGCUGAGCUUUGGGGUCCAUGUCUGAAUGGAUUGCUGUAGCCUUCUCAUCUCUUCCUCUGCCCAGUUCCCGGCCUCCUAAGACUCGAAGCCAGGACAGGACCUGGGGAAGUUAUAUGGUUUGAACGGCAUGUCUGUGGAUGAGAAGCCUGACUCCCCCAUGUAUGUGUAUGAGUCCACAGUCCACUGUGCCAACAUCCUCCUCGGCCUCAAUGACCAACGGAAAAAGGACAUUCUCUGUGACGUGACUCUGAUUGUGGAGAGGAAGGAGUUCCGCGCCCACCGGGCGGUGCUGGCGGCUUGCAGUGAAUACUUCUGGCAAGCCCUGGUUGGACAGACGAAGGAUGACUUGGUGGUCAGCUUGCCUGAAGAGGUCACGGCCAGGGGCUUCGGGCCACUGCUGCAGUUUGCCUACACUGCCAAGCUGUUACUCAGCAGAGAGAAUAUCCGGGAGGUCAUCCGCUGCGCCGAGUUCCUGCGCAUGCACAAUCUGGAGGACUCCUGCUUCAGCUUCCUGCAGACGCAGCUCCUGAAGAGCGAGGAUGGCCUGUUUGUGUGCCGGAAGGACAGUGCGUGCCAGCGCCCCCAAGAGGACCAUGGGAACUCUGCAGGAGAAGAGGAGGAAGAAGAGACGAUGGACUCAGAGACAGCAAAGAUGGCUUGCCCCACAGACCCCGUCAACUUUGAGGCCACUGCCCUCCCAGUAGCAGAGAAAGAAGAAGCCUUGCUACCUGAGUCUGAGGUACCCACAGACACCAAGGAAAACUCAGUACCUAGAUACAAGAAGUACCAGCUUGCAUGUACCAAGAAUGUCUAUAGUGCGCCCUCACACAGUACCUCAGGGUUUGCAAGCACAUUCAGUGAAGACAGCCCCGGCAAUAGCCUCAAACCGGGGCUCUCCAGGGGACAGAUUAAAAGUGAGCCACCCAAUGAAGAGGCCGAGGAGGAGACCGUCACACUCUGCCUGUCCGGAGAUGAAACUGACAUCAAAGACAGACCAGGGGAUGUUGAGAUGGACCGAAAACAGCCCAGCCCUACCCCUACCCCUAGUACCCCUACUGGAGCCACCUGCCUGGACAGAUCCAGGAGUGUGUCCUCGCCUUCCUGUCUACGGUCUCUAUUCAGUAUAGCAAAAGGUGUGGAGUCGUCUGGCCUGCCCAGUACAUCUCAACAGCACUUUGUCAGGAGUUCAGCAUGCCCUUUUAACAAGGGGAUCUCUCAGGGUGACCUUAAAACUGACUACACCCCUUUCACAGGGAAUUACGGACAGCCCCACAUGGGCCAGAAGGAUGUGUCCACCAACUUCACAAUGGGGUCGCCACUCAGGGGGCCUGGGCCGGAGGCUCUCUGUAAACAGGAGGGAGAGCUGGACCGGAGGAGUGUCAUCUUCUCCUCAAGCACGUGUGACCAAGUGAGCACUUCAGUGCAUUCAUAUUCUGGGGUGAGCAAUUUGGACAAAGACCUCUCCGAGCCGGUGCCAAAAAGUCUCUGGGUAGGAGCUGGCCAAUCCCUCCCCAGCUCACAGGCCUACUCCCACAGUGGACUGAUGGCUGACCACUUGCCAGGCAGGAUACGGCCCAACACCAGCUGCCCGGUGCCAAUCAAAGUCUGUCCUCGCUCACCUCCGCUGGAGACCAGAACCAGGACCUCCAGCUCCUGCUCCUCCUAUUCCUACGCAGAGGAUGGGAGCGGAGUCCCCUGCAGCCUCCCUCUCUGUGAGUUCUCCUCCUCACCCUGCUCCCAGGGAGCCAGAUUCCUUGCCACAGAACAUCAGGAGCCAGGCCUGAUGGGAGAUGGAAUGUACAACCAAGUCCGACCCCAAAUUAAAUGUGAGCAGUCUUAUGGAACCAAUUCCAGUGACGAGUCUGGAUCAUUCUCGGAAGCAGACAGUGAGUCGUGUCCUGUGCAGGACAGGGGCCAGGAGGUUAAACUUCCUUUUCCUGUAGAUCAGAUCACAGAUCUUCCCAGGAAUGACUUCCAGAUGAUGAUUAAGAUGCACAAGCUAACCUCAGAGCAGUUGGAGUUCAUUCACGACAUCCGGAGGCGCAGUAAGAACCGCAUUGCGGCUCAGCGCUGUCGCAAGAGGAAGCUGGACUGCAUUCAGAAUCUAGAAUGUGAAAUACGAAAACUGGUGUGUGAAAAAGAGAAACUGUUAUCAGAGAGGAAUCAACUGAAAGCGUGCAUGGGGGAGCUACUGGACAACUUCUCCUGCCUCUCCCAGGAGGUCUGUCGAGACAUCCAGAGCCCAGAGCAGAUCCAGGCCCUGCACCGAUACUGCCCUGUCCUUAUCCCCAUGGAUCUCCCUGGAGCCAGUGUUAACCCCCCUCCUUUGGGGGUUGAGCAGAGCCUUGCACCCUCCCAGUGCGCAGCAGGAGGAAAUGUACCCUGCUGCCUGGAGCCAGGGGCAGCCCCCUCUGGGCUCCCCUGGGUGCCCAGCAACACCCCUGAGAAUUGUACCUCUGGGAGGAGGUUGGAAGGUGCUGACCCUGGGACCUUCUCAGAAAGAGGACAGCCGCUGGAAGCCAGAAGCCAGUCGGUGACCGUGGACUUCUGUCAGGAAAUGACCGAGAAGUGUACGACAGACGAACAGCCCAGGAAAGAUUAUGCCUAGCCAGUGUGAUGAGCUCUGCCUCCAGUCCUCACACCUUUGCUAUCCAGGUGUUCUUCGGCCAGCCAGUGGCGCUGUUCAUCUGAGUCUUGAAGACCCAAGAGCGAAUCUGGUGCACACUACAGCAGUCUUAGCAAUACUGUUCCGAAGUAUUCCCUCCUCUCCAUAAGCAGGAGUGCUGGUUACCUUCACAAUGGUGCUACCCCUUGCCCUGGCAAGGAAGACGACAGUGCAGACACUGUCUGUCUGUGAGUUAAUUGCAGACUUCACAGGGAUAGACUACACCUCUAGGACCCAACCACGGAUUUUUUUUUUUUUUUCUCAGUGGCCCAUGUCACAAACCCUAUCUCAGGAAUUUCUUCUGAAUGUUCAAUUUUUUUCAUUGAAGACAGCUUCUAUACACAUCAAAGUUUUAUAGCUAUACUGUACAUAUUAUAUAUAAUAUAUAUGAAAUAUAUAUCCAUAUGCAAAAGUCCUGCAUGCCUCGAUUUUUCUCAUCCUAAAACUGGAAACUUCGUUUAUCAUUUACAGACAGGUUCCAACAUUCCUCUUUUGUCUCUGAUGCCAGAACUGGUUUUGUAACUUGUCAACAUGGUCAUUUUUUUCCCUUGCUUCACAGUUCAGUGUCGAUCUGUACUUAUUUACAGACAAAAUUCAAUGUUGGAAGCUUUUUCUCAAGGUGUGCUCUCAGACCUUUUCCUUUGGUUGGUUUGGUUUCGACACCACCAGACACGGUGUCGUGUGAGCAUCGUGGGUCUGUUCUUUUCUCCUUGUGUUUUUCCCUUGGUGUUGCGGAUACUGUACAGCAAUGGUCAACUUUGCCACUUGCACUGAGUUUUGAGUCAAACCUAUUUUCUUAAAUGAAGUUGUAACUUCAGUAUAACUCAAGUAUAUUGUAUAGUCUUUGCUUUUAGUUAAAAAGUAAAACGUUUUAGCUAAUUAAAAAGCACUCAGGUGAUAAUUAUGUAGGAAAAAAAAAAAAAAACCAAUCUUGCCAAAUAAUGAACCCAUCCUAGGAUGUGUAGACAAUAAUCUGCUUGAAUAUUUUUGUAGCUCGCUUCCUCCCCACCUCCCCUCAGUAAAGCUGAAGUGCAGAUAAUUCAGAGCUGACACUGGAUGUUCAGUUCCUGCGUGGGGAGAGAAUUCGGAUGGCUCACAGGACUGGUAGCGACAGAACAGGAUCCUGUGGUGUUGUGUCGGAGCGCCACAGGCACGGGCGAAGAGGAGCCGAGGGGGAGUCCCAUCCAUUUCGGCAUUUCAUUCCGGCCUCCUCCGCUUGCACUUGUGCUCCGAAAUGUCUGCUUCUCUGAAGGGCACAGCUAACCAGCCACCCAGCUUUCCUGCCCACACCCGGCCUCCAGGUCAUCUUAAGACCUGAGGGGAUUUGAACCACAGCCUCAGCCCCCUCGGUUAAUUGAGCUCGCUGAGAGUAGGAAAGAACACGGCAGACUCGAGCCUGAGAUCCAUGUGGUCAUAGGCUAACGCAUCCUUUUUCCUUUCGUUCUCCAAAUGCUCUCUCUGCUCUGAGGUUUUUGUCCCCUCUGCCCUCUCCCCCUAACCCUCCCACACACACCUACCCAUUCCUCCCCAGAUAACAAUUUGUGUCCCUCGCUAAAAUCUAGUUGGUUUGCAAAUCUGGAGAGCAGCUUCCUCGGCACUGAGGUAUCCUGGCCCCAAGCCACGCUUACAGGAAGGUGUGUCCCAAGGAGGAAUCAACUCCCUCCUUCCAGUGGUCUCCAUCUCCUCUCACUCAGCAGCCUGGAGACCACUCCAGCUGUGCAAGGUUGUCCAGAAAAGUCUGGUGUUGGGGGAGGGUAGAGGGCAGUCGGUUGGCUUUGUUUCCUCUUCUGUGCCAUUGUUUGGACAAUAUUAAAGCUGCAUGUGAAAGGGGAAAUUAGUGUAUGACUAGUAGGCAAAAAGUGAAACCCUAGUAACAUAUGUUCUAGUAUUAUUAACUUCUUUCUGUACCAGUAGUAGUGCUAAUGUUUAAAUACGUACGAAUGCCAGACGUUGUUGGUUCAUGCAGUACAAUUUAAGGGGGAAAUGACUUCUUUUAAAAUAGGUCCAUUUUUAAAACAUGCCUCUGGGUUUUGAGCGUGUGUGUGUGUGUGUGUGUGUGUGUGUGUGUGUGUGUGUGUAUUCUGAUACUGGAGCUGCCAUCUUCGUGACACCGUUGGUGUUUCUUGGUCUAGUCAUACAGUUCCCUGCUUCACCCGGAGGCUUAUCUUCAUGAAAAGCUAGCAUGUAACUCAAUGUGAAUCAUGGGAUGCUCACAGCUGCCUGUUAACGGUGCAGGAGUCAGCAGACAGUAUUUUUUGUUUAACUCUCUUACUGCCUUUUUAAGUGACCUCUUCUAAAGAAACGAAAAGGCUUGUUUUCCGCUCUGGCCGUCACCAGUACAGAGCAGGGUCUCAGCUUGUUUUGUGCUGUCCCAGCUCGUGGGCAGCUGGUAGUCUUGCCACAUUCCACAGUUUACCCCCAAGUUUCUGUUACCAGUAGCUCAGACCUGUGUGGCAGCCAUUUCCGGGGUGGGGGUUGGGGGUCGGGUCUCCUCAUUUCUCUCCGCCCUAACUCAGCUCUCACCUUUCAUCCAUCAUUUUUCCCCCUCUUCUUCCACCCAGUCUCUGCCAUGGGAACUAGUUUUUAAAACUUACUCUAAAAUUUCUGUUAUGCUAACAUUUCUAUUACUUUGGUAUUUUUAACAAGUAAUUUCAUUCAGUAUGCACCAGGAACAGCGACUGGCUUUGUGUAAUUUACUCACGGGACACGUCUGUCUCCUACUGUUCCAAACCAUUGCUUAUCAAAAUUGUUCCUGGGUUGAUUCAAAGGGAGGGCUCCCUGGGGACCAGAAUCUGAAUUCUACAAGUAGAAUUCAGAAACCCCCAAUCUGUCCCAUCCCGGAAUUCCUCAGUCAAGCUCAUUCCCUCUGUGGAAAAGAGAAGGGAAUAGAACGGAGAAGAGUGUUUGCACAGUAGGAGGGAGACAUUUCGUUGGGUGUUGGAAGGUCUUUUCUUUCACAGAUACAGGACACUCCAAUCACAGGCUGUUUAGGGGGAUCCCAGUGACAGCCUGGUUGGGUCUCCCGGAGGCUGAGGGGUGAAUGUCAAGGUCCAGGGCUGGCACAGGCGAUGCUAAGACUGAUAGUAUCCCACCCAAACGCAGUCCUCCCCUGGGAGCAGCUUUGUCCUCCUGUGUCUCUGAACGGCCCUCGUGGUCAGGUUGCCCAGACUGGAGGCAGGUGUGUGCUUUGCCGUGUGUGUGUGUUUGUUUCUCUGCGUUAUCGGGGGUGCCUUGAAUAAAGUCGAACUUCAUGACUUAACUGAUUCUGGAACAAAGCGGUUACAAAACCUUUUUGAAAAGUUGGCGAGGUUGCUAGGCCAUCCUGCUACUUCUCUUCCAGGUUCCCUAACAAUGACUCAGGCGUCAGGGGUGAUGCUGCAGUAGACAACGUUAUUUUUAUGUCUGUCAUACAAGUAAUUUAUUUACUGUCUUUCUCGAGGUAUGCUGCUUUUUAACAUGCACUAUAAUUUUGGAUGUAAUCCUUGCGUUGCUUUUCCAAGGAAGUUUAAACAUGGCUAGUAACUAGUGUGCUAACCACCUCUUCUGAAAGGAGCUCCAGAGCACCCACAGGACCUGCAUGGAGGACUGGCUAAAGCCUUCGCUUUUCUCUUGUUUUACUGUUACGAUUUGUCACUGAAGAAGAAAAGAUGAAGCAAACAAAGGUUUGAAAGUAUAGAACUUCUCAGAAAUUGCCCGGUCUUGCCCCAGGGGCUGCUCUGCAUCCCAUGAAAUCACAUAGUCCUCCCAAAUGAGUCAGUCUAUAAACAUGGACUCUCAUAGUCCUCCCAAAUGAGUCAAUCAAUAAACAUGGACUCUCAUAGUCCUCCAGAAGGAGUCAGUCUAUAAAGCUUCUUCAAGUCUGCAUUUGGCUGCAUAUUCCUAUACACUGUGGCCCAUUUAAACCAGGAGCUGUUAAUUGAUGACUCCAAGCUGCUCCAUCACUGCUUACAGUGGAGGGGGAAUCUCAGAUCUAAAAGAGAGCAAGAAUCAAGGUUUAUCCUCAGAUCUCUUUCCUCAGUACCCCGACACACACACACACACACACUCACACACACACACACACACACACACACACCCCAGACUAAAGAGAAGGAUUAUUUUAAAAGAAUAAAGCUCUUUGUUGUAUCAUGAGUUUGUAUUUACUUGAGGAUUUUGUUGGAGAUUCCAUUUCUGGCAAGUCAGUCCACAAUGCCUUGUGGGGUUGGUAUUCAUAAAGGAAGUCUGUGCAUGGAGUUAUUUUGUGUUCAAAAUGUAUAAUACUGCCCGAGCCAUCUCAUGACCCAAGUGUCAAAGACUGAUGCUGUAGCAUAGGAUAUAUUUGUUCAUAAAUAGUGUGUACAAAUAGUAUUUGUACAUUGAAGAGACUUGUCGUAGCAGAUCAAAGGUAAAUUAUUCAACUGAUGGUGCAAAAACAUUACUUGCAAAGUAAUUGUAUAGUAUUUUCCUACACUCCACCCUGGGAGAUCAUAUUUAUAACAAGUGAAUUAUUAGUGCAUUUUAAUUGUAAUAUGAAAUGAUGCUGCCAUUUUGUGAAGAGUAUCCACUUGGUUGCAGAGGCCAACUUUUAUAGCUUUGGUUUAAUGUUGUGGCAUGGUGUAUGCAUUUCUCUAUCAAGCGAUGGAUAAACUCUUGGCUUUCAUUUUCAUUCCAGUUUAUUGACCUCAGAUAAAAACAAUGGCUAUUCAUGGAAGUGUAUCAAGACCACUCAUUUCAGGUAGACUCACACUCAGUGCCAAACGCUCCCAUGGGAAUAAUCAAAUAUAUAUCAGGAAGAGUGAAGGGACUUGGACAAAAAUGGGUUUUCCUACAGAUGGGUGCUAAAUCUUCUACCAAACAUGUCUCUGGGGGCAAACAGUUGGCCUCCGCUUGGGUCCUAAUAAUGUAUUUUGGCUGUGGCAACGCUGGGAUGCCCAUUCACACUCUGACACAAGAGCCUGGCACUUGUAACGAAUUAUCAGGAAGAUUGCAGAUGCGUUUGGGAGCUUCGGGUACUCGUUAGACAUGGUGAGCCAUUCAAGGCAAGAGGGCCUGUGUGAAUUUGUUCCAGAACCAGUCUGAUGCAAGUGCACCUCUAAUAUAUGCCUUACAAACUCCAGAGGCCAUAUGCAAAACAGGGUCUUCUCAGUGUAUGCAAGGGGCUGCAGCCCCUCCUCCUCCUCCCCAGCUCAAACAAUACGGACAGUUUUCACACAUAUCUACCUGUAUAACCCUCCGUACCUCUCAUAACUGGUCAACGACUGUAACAGGUUACAUCAGGUGUUUUUCUACAUACUUUUUACACAGAUUCUAUGCGAUUAAUGUAACUUAAUUCAACGCAUCAUUUUAUUGUACAAGUUCUUACGCUUGGCCUUAUUUUUUCCUAAGUGAUUGUGGUUUUUCUUGUGGUUUUUCUUGUAAAGAUAUUGAGAUGGCUGUUGAUGCUUAUUCUCUGUAACUAAGAAUUUUUACCUUUUUGGGAAAAAGCAUUGCUAUGGAUUAAUGAAUUGAAACUUCAUUUACUCGUUGUAAAUACACUAUUGUGAAAAAAAUCACUCAAUUGAAUUGCUAGUGUUAACUGAAUUUUGUCUAGACGCCAUUUCUGUUGAUGAAAUAAAGACAUAUCAUUCUGCAUUGUAAAA